UUACUCUCCACCACCCCUGUGGAACAGCAAGGACCACGCAGAUCCUUUCUCACUACUAGUUGUGAUCUAGUCUUUCCCUGAUCUCACUCUUAGCUCUCUGUAGGAGGUCGGGCAAGUUCGUCACCUCCUAACGCCAGCCCCAACACUCCGCGUAGUAGGCUCCUUCGCCAGCGCUCCCGUCUCAUCUUCUGGAAAGAAGAAAAGUUGCGCGCCUGUCCCAUUCUCGCAGUUGCGUGGCCUCGGCGACAGAUACGGCGACUCUUCGCGAACGUCGCCGCGCAAUGGUAACCAGCGCCGACCCGGGGUCAGUCAGCAGCACCGGGCUCGCGUACGUGUUCGACGCGCAUUCGCUCCGAUGGCGGUGCUUCAAACUCCGAGACCCACUCGGCGACAGCAACGCAGACGGUGACGCCACCAACCGCCGCAGCUGCCGCCGCAGCCGCCGCGUAGCAGAGCCAUUCUGCCCGUCGCGGGCGAGACUGUGGACGACGGAUAACGUGCCGUGCGUCGAGACGUACGCGGCCCUGCCGUGCCGUGAGAGGCGUCGACUUGACGCACCUGCUCCUGCGCUGUCAGUCGCGAGGGACUCCGACCCUCACUCCCCCUCGCAUUCGCCUUGGGUAGCAGGCGAAACCCCAGCGGCAGCUGGCGAAACCCCAGCGACAGCAGGCGAAACCCGAGAGACAGCAGGCGAAACCCCAGCGACAGCAGGCGAAACCCGAGCGACAGCAGGCGAAACCCCAGCGACAGCAGGUCCGUUCCUAGGCGACGAUCUGAUGGGCAUGGAGCCUCUGGCCCGCGUGGUGAGCGGCAGCCGCGAUCGCUGCUGCUCCUCCCGCCAUUCCCGCCACAAUCUGGAUCCCUAUUCCGACUCGUUCCUCUCCUUCGAGCAUCAGCAUCAGAUCCGGGGCCGUGUGGGUGCGUGGGAGCUUCAUUCGCGUUUAGAGCAGCUUCCGUACCGGAACAAUUGGCACGUGGUUUCCCUCCACAUUCCCGUUCUCAACAGCUCGGACAUGAAGUUCAUUCGCGGGGCUAGCUCGUGCCCUGGAACAGAUGAGGCAGCUUAUAACGGAUUGCCCGCAUCUGCACUCACUACACUUCAGCCUCAAUAACCAAUACCUCGUUAUAGCCGAAGAGGUCGCCACUCUCCUCUCCCGUCUCUCCCACCUCUCCCUUCCCCUCUCCACCCUCCCUCCUUACCUCAUUCCCCACCUCCCCUCCCUCCGCUCCCUCUGUCUCUCCCUCUCUGCGCCCCACCAUCCCCUCCUCCUCUCCGGCCGCCCCUUCCACUCUCUCUCCCUCCUCUCCCUCCUCCACCUCUCCCUUGGCUCUCCCACCUCGCCACUUUCCGAGCCUCUCUCGCCGGACGUGUUUUCCGGGCUCGGACCGAGCCUGCGGUCGUUGACUUUCCUGUCUGUGCCAGUUCUUGCGUGCGCAGUGGCCCAUAGUGCCCCAUUUUGUUGUGUAUUUCCUUAAUGAUCCCUAUCCAUCCUCUGGGUGCGAUACCCGCUUCCAUCCAUCCUUUGUCUUCAGCUGCAGCUGCCCCUGAUACCCCUCCCUCCUCUUCCUGCUCCUUGCCUCCUUGAGAACAGGGGAGAUAUAGCAUUUGGGUUGUACCCUCUAAGAACUGGGGCGGCAUGUGAUCUGCAGGAAGGACAAGGGAGAGGGAGGUGAGGCGAGGGAGGAAGA